AUGCCCGAUCUGCAGCGCUUUAGUUUUCCAUACCAUAGCAUGAAUCCUUUGUUGGGGGCAAAUACGCAUCUCCAACAGCAUCCUCAGCAGAGCCUCACCUCCGGACACCCAGACUCCCCCUCAGGCCUCCUUCCCGACGCCGUCUUCGGUGGAUCCGACCCGGCAUCCUUCGGCAUCUUACUCGGUGAGCAACCCAGCCCAGGGCCUGAUCAUCCCGGGCCUGACUUCACCGCACCCUCCCAGGCUUCUUCUCCUUUCCUCCACCACUACCAGCACCGCACUGUGCCCAAUCCCCCCGCAGCCAUGGCUCUUAGAAACGACUUGGGAUCCAACAUCAGCGUCCUCAAAACUCUCAAUCUGAGGUUCAGAUGCUUUUUGGCUAAAGUGCAUGAAUUAGAGCGCAGAAAUAAGAUUUUGGAGAAACAGCUGCAACAGGCACUGGAUGCAAAUAAAGGCUGUCAAGGUGGAUGCUGCGAUGGUGGGGCGCAUACUCAGGAGGCAAGUGUGCAGACUGGAUUUGUUGGAACCAUACCCCUCAGGCCUGGAUCCCUCCCUUUCCAUAACACCAACAACUCAGCCAGGAGGCCUACAACGCUGUUUCCACCAUCAUUCGCCACCACCCUGCCACCUACAGCCACAGAGAGCUCCAAUUCAACCCAAACUAACCCGGCUAUCACCAUCAGCCAGGCUUCCCCCUGUGUGGACUCUCCUGGUUCUGGUUCAAGAAGUGUCACCAACACCAACACAGGCCAGGAAAGAUCUACCAACCCUCCUCCAAGGUUCCUCCCUGGAACCAUUUGGUCCUAUAAUCACACCCGCAAGUUGGGGCCCAGUACAGAGCGAGUAACCAGCCCAGGAGUGUCCUGGGUGCACCCUGAUGGAGUUGGGGUCCAGAUUGACACCAUCACCCCUGAGAUAAGAGCCCUGUAUAACGUCCUGGCCAAAGUGAAAAGAGAGCGGGAUGAGUAUAAACGCAGGUAAACUUUUUCCAUUACACCUUUAAUAACACACAUUCAUGCUGAGUGUGUCGUGUUUUUAUGAGUGUAUUUUACUGUAUGGAGGAGGCAGAGCUGUAAAGCAGCUGUAGACCAGCUGUCUCCAACACAGGCAGCGUCAGCACAUUUCCCCACCAUCCAUCACCUUCUGUCUGACCAUGCAUCCAAUCCAUGUCCAAGCACAGAGGCAGGUGCUGCAGUCAGGAAUACGCCCAAAUGAUUAACACAUCACAGGCUAAAUAUAAAGAGGGAUCAAGGUCAAAACUAAGUUGAGACAAGUAAAGAACAAAAGCUCACCCAUGGAUACCUUUAUCUACAGGUACAUCUGAGAAAACACACCGUAAUUAGGAGCCUUUGUUGUCCAGGGAAUGUUUACUAACUAAACUAAUGAAAAUAAAAGAGGCUAGUUGGGUGUAGAGUGAAGAAAAAAAGCAUCAUAUUACUGUAAAAGCAUCUGAAGUCAUGCAAUUUACUGGGAACUAUUGACAUUUAAAUUAGAUUAAAAUUUUAAAGAAUAUGUCUUCCUCUGCAUAUUUAAUUUUUUGACUAUUAAUCAUUACAUUUUAGGGUCCAAAGACAUCACCAGUCUUAAAACUUCUUUCUGCACUUUAUAGACGAAAUAAUUGAUUAAUCAAAAAUCAACAGAGGCAGACAACAGAAAGCUUUCUUUCAGGGCACAUUUCCCUUUACACUCUUGUUUUGAUAAAUAUCCCACAUCUUGUGAACUCUGCCUUGAACGUGGAGGUCUACAUGACAGCUCCUGAUUGAUUAUUAUCUGUCUGAGGUGAACUAAAGUAGUUCUCAUCAUUCAUCAUUGUAUUCCCCCCGUGUAUUAUAUCCAAAUGAGCAGCCAUGCAUUCUCCACAGAGGAGAAGACCCUGAGCACAGGAUAGAGGCUUCUUUGUGAAUGAGGGGACCAGGACAGCCCAAACGGCCCUAUCGCUGUGUGAAACAUCAGACACGUGAUUUGAUUGAGUAGGGACUCCUGAGGAAGUGAUUUGCUGACCUCGGUAUAGAAAGUUAACGUCUUUGUUUUCUGUUAACUGUGGAUCAUGGUGUGUGGUCACAUCUGAGUCUGUUUAUUAUGAAUCAGAUAUUCACUGAAUGAUAAAAGGAAACAGUAUUUUUGAAAGUCAUUCUGUUACCUCUGUGAUUUUUUAACAUUUUUCUGUUUUUCUAAACUCGGCUAUGAGUCAUUUUAUCUGUUAGCUUUGUUGCAUAUUUCCUCUUUUUCAAAGUUUUAAUCCUCCUCUAGCUUUCUGUUCAUGUCACGUGUUUCUCUUAUCCAAGGGCAGCAUAUUUUUCAUAUAUUCUUCUUAUGUAUUUUUAUUUCAUUCUUCACCCCUUUCCCACUUUUCCCACCACACUCCUCAUGUAAACCCCAGCCAUUAAACACUUCCUCUCACUCUCUCAUGCACUCCCCCUUGCCUCUCUUCCUCGCUGUGCAUCCCCCCUCUCCACUUUCCACACUUUAUCUGCAAUGCAGCAUGCACUGCAAGCUGUAACUGCUGGAUGAGGGUUUGGCAUCUCUGCCUCCUGCAGGCUCUCACCUUACUGAUCAGACAAGCAUCCUCUACGACAACAACGACUCCUCUUUCAUGACUCAGUUUCUCUCCGAUUAAGUAUUCCCAAAAGGUGGAGACGUGCCGCAGCAUUUUGCAUUUCUAACAGGAUUUAUAUAAGGGGCAACAGACUCUGCAGUAAAUGGAUUUCCCCUGGGCACAUGUGUAGUGUGGAGUCAUCUGAGACCUACAAAUGCAGGAUUUCUGCUUGGGCCUUUAGAUAUCUUGAAGUUAAGGUGUGCGGGACAGUCGUUCAACAAUGAUUGAGGGAAUAAGCAAAUCAGUCACACAGACUUUGACUUUGCUUCUAUUACAGCUGUAUGUGGGAGUUAAAGAUGCUUUUUUUUGUCUUGUAAACAACAAAAGUUAUUUCUAAAGUUGUGAUGUGUAGUAAUUGAUGGUAUUUAGCGGAACAGAUUUAGGAGGGUGAAGAAAAUAUCACAAGUAUAUUUGAAAUAGUGUAUAAUCACUGUUUUUACAUUGAAAUAUUAUACAGACUGUACCUUUAAAUCCACAAAACAGCUCUUUAGUGCCAACAAUUAUCAAAACUCCAGCAGAACCCCUGUAAGUGAGCUCAUUUCCAGAUUAUGCUGUAUGUUUUAGGACAAUCUGGUCUCAUGAAUCCUGCUGUAUUGAUUUAGUGCUGAUAUACUGGAGUAGAGGUCAGAAAUAGCUCAUACUGCAGCAAUACCAAAGUGGAUUUAAAAUCGUUAAAAAACAGUGUUAUCAUUGUUAAUUCAGUUCUCUUAAGCAUGUAUCCAAAGAAGUUUCAUAGGCUCUAAAUUAAGCAUAGUUAUACACUCCACCUAACGCUGAUUUAACAAGUCCAGUGUUUUUGUUCGAGUUAGAUUACAGUGGUAACUUUUCUUUUCUGAAUCUGACGUUAUGUGUCUAAUGGAACUUGAUUAUUAUUGAGGGAAGGCAUGGUGAGACAGAUGCACUGAAGUGGUUGAGUCAUGGGUCAGUUUAUAGCCUGCAUGCCUUUCCAAGCGGGUCCAGGAGAGGCAUGAGCAGCUGAAUAAAGAGAAUAUCUACAUCAGCCAAGUAUGCAACACAAGAGUGCUCUCUGUUUACCUUGAUGGAUGAAUAAUUUCCUCCUGUUUCUGUGCUUUUUAGAUGGGAAGAGGAAUACACAAUGAGGAUGGAUCUGCAACAGAAAAUUGCAGACCUGCAAGAGGUAACAAUAUGUAGGCAUUGCUGUGUCUGUAUAUGUAUGUGUAGGUUAUCAGAUAUGUGAGGCCAGAAAUGCAGUCCUCCUUAAAAGACACCGUUUGGACUCUUUACACCACGCAUGUCUAAACUAUUCGACAAAGGGCCAGUGUGGCUGCAGGUUUUUUUUUCCAACCAAGCAGCAGCACACCAGACAUGAUUCAUUUCAUCAGCUGAUCUCAGUCUUCAGACAGCUGAUUGGUCAGACUGCGUGCUCUUGAUUGGUUGGAAGAAAAACCUGUAGCCACACCGGCCCUCUGUGGAAUAGUUUGGACAUGCCUGCUUUACACCUUUUUACAGCAACAUCCGCCCAAAUCAUUAAAAUGACAAAAAUAAAACUGAACAGAUGAAAGUAUGGGCAUCAUUAAACUUGCAACAUCAGGAGGGAUGAAAGUACAGCAGCACUGAGUGCUCACUUUACUGGCAUUGAUAACUUACUUUGUGUAUUACUUUGCUUUUGCACAUUUGUUCAAUCAGAUUCAAGUUACACAACAGAUCUAUUUGUCUGCCUCACUCACCUGCUCUCAGGUCGACAACCAUAUUUGUGCUUCCUGCAGCUGUGGCUUUGUAAACCCGUGGUUUGUAGGUUUCCUGAGUGAGUCUGUGUCGGGGGGUUGUUUAAAUAGGUGAGAGCGUGCACAUCCUUUCACAUACAGUACCUGCUGUGCUGGAAAGCCCGUGAACUAUUGCCAGGAAUUUGUGCUGCAUUUAGCCGGCAGAACCACAAUGGCAUGACACCACAAGCAGCCAAACACUGCAGCUUUGAAAUGCCAGACCAGUAUUGUAAAACACAUAAAUAAGUCAACAUGGGGAGAAGGGAAUUUACGAAGACAUCAGACACAGUUAGAGCUCCCAUGAGAUUACUCUCCUGGGAUUAAUAAUGUUUGAGCUUUUUCUCGAUACAAGCUUGUAUUUUGUUAAUAACCUCUGCAUGUUGUAACUUCCCACGAGAACAAAUCUUUGAUGUUUACAAUCUAUCUCUGUGGGUGUGCUUCAACGUGAUGAGCCCUGCAUGUCUUUUUUUCACGUGUGCAGGACCUGCAGGAGAGUGAAGGCUGUCAGGAUGAGCUGGCCCUCAGAGUUCAGCAGCUUAAGGCUGAGCUGGUUCUCUUUAAAGGCCUUAUGAGCAAUGUAAGUGCAAACGCUCAAACACUAGUUUUACAUUGCACUUAAUCAGAGAUGUGCACAUAUAAAGCAAUCUUACAUCUCUCUGACUAUGCCCUUCAAUUCUUAAAACAAUCUCGUGAUAAAACUACUGCAUAGUUAUUUUUUAUACUCAUGAAGAAGCUUGUACUAAAUAUCUAGAAGUCAUGAUAAGAGCUGAAGGUUUCAGUAUUUUCCGUUAAGUUUACGCUCCCUCUGCCUUGCCUGACUCUACAGAACUUGUCAGAGUUGGACAGUAAGAUCCAGGAGAAGGCCAUGAAGGUAGACAUGGACAUCUGCCGCAGGAUCGAUAUAACCGCCCGGCUCUGUGACGUAGCUCAGCAGAGGAACUGUGAGGAUGUGAUCCAGAUGUAUCAGGUACCGGGAAAACAACUUUCUGUUUUAUAUUUCCAUGAUUUUGUUUUAUUGGAAUACACUGAGCCACUUCUGGUCUUCUUUAUUGAUAGUGAUGGUUUAAUUCCCAAUCUGAUCUCUGCAGGUUCCUAAUAACCAAACUUCUCUAAACUGCCGCCGAAAACAAACCCCUCUGUCCUUCAAUGGGAGCGAGUGUGAUGAACCUGUCAGCACCUCUGAGAGCGACGGGGGCGUGGUCAAAGAGGAGGAGCACUGUGGCCAAUCAUCAGCCAAUCAGAUAAACGAGGAGAUGCAGAGGAUGCUUAACCAACUGUGAGUGCUCUGACUUUUAAAGCUGAUGAGUUUAAUAUCAGUUCCCCGCCCUCUUUCAUGUGCUUCUCCUUUUUUUAAUUUUGAAGUCGAGAAUGUGAGUUUGAGGACGACUGCGACAGUCUGGCCUGGGAGGAGACCGAAGAGACGCUGCUUCUCUGGGAGGACUUUCCAGGAUGUGCUUUGCCCCCUGAUCCGACCCACCCACCUGGAGAGGUAGGAUUUGAUCACAUGACCUACUUCAGUAACGACUUCUGAACCUUAACGAUCAAUGUGUCAAAAAGAGAAGUAGAGAUGUGUAUAGUUUAAUUUUAUCACAGCUGUUUCUGAUAAUGUUCAAACCAAGAGAAAAUUCAGAUUUUUCAUGAUACAAGGAAACAAAAUGUCUAUACACUCACGUACAUCGGGGUCUUUACCCGAAUCUAUAUUGUACAUUUUUCUAUAUAAACACUUUUAAUGGCGGCGCACUUCAUAAAAUAACUUUAAGGAAGAUUUCGACAUCAGGAGAGAAAUUUAAGCUGCCUGAUAUGAUGGUCGGUACAAAUUUGUCUCAAGGGAUUAUUCAGCCAGAUCACCAAGUGACCUUCACUGCUCUUCAAGGCUGUUUCAGGACAAAGCACUGCAAGCACACACACACACACACACACACACACACACUCACACACACUCACACACACACAGGACCGUUGCGGUGUCUGGCCUCUGCUGGUAUAGAGUGUGUUUGUUUCCAAGAAAUCCAUGUAGGUAUUUGUUUUCAAUCAGCCUGCUGUCCUUCUGGGGGAGUGGUUGCAUGAGUCAGUGAAAUUUGAGCUGAAUGGAGCAUAAAACCAGCUGUGUUUUUUCACCGUCACGUGAAUUCACCUAGUAUCUGACUGUUGUUGAUCAGCAGAAUGUUUCUGUAUGUGUUUCCGUUGACUCUUUCCCUCUUCUCUCGUCCCCCUACAGGAGGACUGUCUAGAAAAAGUGAUUAGUGAUACAGAAUGCCUGUUCAAGUCCAGAGAGAAGGAGUACCAAGAGACGAUUGACCAGAUUGAGGUCAGACACGUCUUCUGUACUUUUGGAUCAUGAAUGUGUUAAAUCACACCUGUCUGUUGAACACAGAUUUUCUUUGAACAGUACUUAGUUUCCCACAAAUUCACUAAAGGUGAUUUACGUGAUGACUCAGCAAUAAGUUGCUGAGUUGAUGACUCAGUUUUUCUGUUUUUGAGGCGUCUUCUCACGGUGUAUCAUCAUGCUGACUAAGUUGAAUAUUGACGACAUCACAAAGCAUUUGUGGCUUCAGCUUCUGUAGUUCAUUUAUGUUGAAUUCCACACACAUUUUUAAUUACUCAAAAUUUCCCACUGAGCAAUAGACGGCUAUUAGACAUCACGUUUUUUUUAGACCUGAUCUAGAUUCUAUGUAUUUUUGGACAGAAUUUAGACGUUGCACUUUAAGCCAUUAUUCAAUAACUUUUUAUUUCAAAAAGCAACUGUGAGUUGUAUAACUGAUCACCAAGUACUUCACCAAAACAAUUAUGAUAGCCGUUGAGUUAUAUACAGUGUAGUAUAGAUAAAGCCCAGAUUUAGGCUUGGUCUAAACUUAGUCUAGAUUUAGACGUCUAAAAAAACUUUCAUUUUUAGACCUGUGGUAGCCUGAUUUUAGACCAGUCGUCUAAGACCAAAAAAUGCUCAGUGGGUUGUUAUUUACUCUGCACACCUCCAUAGAUGUGUUUUCUUUAUGGUGAACACGCAAUUAAAGUUUGUAAUUUAGUUUAAAGGAUAGUGAUGACGGUCGUGUUUUUUUUUCUAAAUCCAGCUGGAGCUUGCAACAGCAAAAAGCGACAUGAACAGACAUCUGCACGAGUACAUGGAGAUGUGUUCGAUGAAAAGAGGACUGGAUGUUCAGAUGGAGACCUGCAGGAGACUCAUUACACAGAGUGGAGACAGGUACACACAUUCACAAUCACUCCUGUCUGUUCAUACCCAGACCUUCUAUUGUCAGGCUUUACUGUACGGGCUUUCAAGUUUUCUAUCCCUGUCAGUAUUAUUUAAAUGUUGAAUGAUAUUGGGUCUACAACACAGUAUGAUAUAAAUACAGAUUCAUAUGAGCACAUUUCAAGUUGUUUUUUAAUGUGUUUAUCUAUCGUAUGCCAAAAAUAUAAAAAUCUACCAACAAUGACACCUACUACCUAUAUGACCUUUGCAGUUGCCAUAUUACAAAAUAAAAAGAGUAGCAUGUAAGAGUCGUACUGUAUUUUGAAAGUCAUUGUUUUGUCCUCUCACAGUAACUCUGCAGCGCCUGCAUCUUCUGACGACAGCGGUCAGAGAGACAAUGACAGCUCGUCAGCCUCACCGCCGAGCAUCGGGAGAUCUUGA